CCGUGCGCGGGCGGCGCCGGGGCCCGGCCGGCCGGCAGCGCGCUGCCGCGGGCAUGGAGCGGCUGCGGGCGGACGCGCGGGCCCUGCAGGAGUACGCGGAGUACCGGCGAAUUGUAGGUGAUGAUGAUGGAGGAAAGCUCUUUACGCCAGAGGAAUAUGAGGAGUACAAAAGAAAAGUAUUACCAGCUCGGCUACAGAACAGGUUGUAUGUGAGCUGGAGAUCACCAGCUGGCAUGGACUGUAAGCUUGUGGGACCAGAGACACUGUGCUUUUGCACUCACCGGUAUAAACAACACAAAACAGACUAUGAGGUGCUUCCCAAAGAGCGCCCUAUCUGUGUGCCUUGCAGAGUGAAGGGUUGCCCGUGCCAGUCCUACCACUUUGUCCCCCUGAACGGCACCCAGCCCAUCCGCUGCCGCUGCAAGCACUUCGCUGACCAGCACAGCCCAGCACCUGGGUUUCCCUGCAACUCCUGUUCCAAGUGUUCAGGCUUUCAUAGCUGCUUUACCUGUGCAUGUGGGCAGCCAGCAUAUGCUCACGAAACUGUUGUGGAAACGAAAGAGGAGCGCUUAGCCCAAGGAAAGCCUGUGGGGCAGGAUGUUCCUUACGCUGCCAUGGGAGGACUGACUGGUUUUAGUUCGCUAGCAGAAGGCUACAUGAGGCUUGAUGACAGUGGAAUAGGUGCUCCUUCUGCUGAACUUUUAGAAGCCCCCAUUACUAGCAUGGAUCAUCCAUUUCUAAAAGCAUUUCAGGGGCCUUCGAGUUCCGCUCAAACCAUGCCACAGAUAGCAGGUAGUUCAAGAGGCACAGGGCAAGUUUCUCAUGGAAAACAAUCAGAAGCCGAUGACAUGGCUUACUUUGAAAAACGCUAUCAAGAACGGCUGAAAAUGGAGAAAGCUGCUAAACGGGGAGAGAGGAAUCCAGUGCCGUCAAAGAAGCCGUGA